ACCCGUGCUUAAUAAUGUGGCCAAUCUAUCAAUGUCAUGUGGCGAAUAUUAUUGUGACAAAUAAAUACCCGGGCAACGCGAGUCACCCCAAGCGUGCGUUAAGAAUGAUUCUUGAGCUACAGCUUUCCAAUUUACCAGUCUCAAACACACACAAAAAUUGCAUGUUUCUCUUCUACACCAUGAAAUAUUAUUUUCCUAAUGCCCUUUGCGAGUCUUUGCCUUUGAAUGUUGUAGGAUGUAUAGUGAUGUUAAAAAGUAGUGAAGAAUUGAACCCCGAUUUAGAACCAAGAAGUACAUGGUGUCAGCGAUUCCCACUAACGGUACUAAACAACAAUAAGAGAGCAUCGAAAUUAACAAAUAUGAGGAUCCGAGAAGCCUUCCAAAUACGUCAGCACAACUCAAAAUUACUUCUAAACUACAAAUAUGUUGAAAAAUUGUUUGUGAAAUGUUUUGAAUAUAUAGUAUUAAGUAUUUUUUCUACCAAGACAGAAAUAUGAAGAUUCAUUAUGAAAGGUGUAAAAUAAAUUAAAAAACACA